AUGGCAGAUGGCAUUGGUGCCCAACCUGGAUGGACGGCCUCUCGGCGGCUCUGCGCGCUCCUCAGCCAGCGCGGCGGGGCCGGAGCCGAGCAGACCCGCUGGGCCGCGUUGGUAGAUCUUAAAGCUGAGCUCUUCCAAAAACAAGAAGAAUUCAAACAAGAAAAACUUCCGAAAGAUUCUGGAGUUUUGGGAAAACCAAAGACAGCUAAUAAGAAACCAAGUAUCUGGAGUAAGCAGAAUGCAGGGGUUUCAAAUAGAGCUGAGAAGGAUGCGGAGCAGAAGCUUGAGGAGCUGAAGACUUUAGACAAAGCAAGGGAAAAAUUGGAAGAAAAGGCCAAAUUAUAAAAAAUGACUAAAGGUGACUUUCUAAAUGAAGAAGUGGAGGAUAUGUACCUUGUGGACUUCACCCAGAAGAUCAUAGACAAACGCUGAGAGAUGGAGGCACUGGGCACCAGCAGAGAGCCCCAGAAAGCGGGCAACAGGGAUGAAGAUGACGAUGCUCCUGGUGCGGAUGUACCCCCUCCCCAAAACCCCGGCGAAGAGUGGGUGGAUUACGUGGACUCUCUGGGCCGAUCCUGGCGCUGCAAGGAUUUGCCAGACUUGCUGGAGAUGGACAAGAACCUUCAGGGGAGACUUGGUGUUGGAUAUUUUGCCUUUGCCCAAGACAAAGAGCUGAGAAACAAGCAAAUGAAAACCCUGGAGAUGCUGCGGGAGCAGACAACAGAUCAGAGAACAAAAUGAGAAAACAUAAAGGAGAAUUGAAAGGCCAUAUUAGAAGCAAGACUUGCCAAACUUCAACAAAAAAAGAUGAAAACAUCAAAAGAAGAUGGGACAGAAGAAAGCAAAGAUGGGCAUGCUGUUGGACCUUUGCCACCAGAACCUGAGCCUGUGCCGACUCCACCUCCACCCCAGAACAGCAGAGUAGAGGUCAUCACCCAGGAGAGGAGGGAUACCCGGCCUGGGGUGCCUCACAUACGGGAGUGGGAUCGAGGGAAAGAGUUUUCCUUUGGACAGUGGUCCAAGAGGCAGUCAGCUCUCCGGGCUGAGCGAGACCCUGAGUUUGCCCCACCUUCGGAUUACUUCAUGGGUCAGAAAAGAGUGGGGUCUUCAGGAAGCCAGACAUGGAGCAGACCCAGGCCGGUAGCAAGCAGCCCAGGGCAGCAGGCGGGCCAGGGCCAGGAGCCCUGCUCUGUACAUGUGCCAUCAUCACCUGCACCUGGAGGCCAGCCUCAGGCCCCCACAGUCACUUUUGCAACCCUGGAUGAGAUGAUCUCAUACUAUAAGCAAGUGACAUGACCCUGGAGGCAUGCUGACUCCACUUGUACUGUGGGUGCAGUAGGGGACAGUGGGGCUCCGGGGUGAGCGGGCCUU